GUGACUUCCAGCCAACGUCGACAACUCGGGAGUUGUGAGAUCAGUAAAAGAUGAGGAGCUGCUCUCUUCCAGCGAACAAGAAGGAAUUAAAAUUAAAUAUAAAACCUAAGAAACUGGGAGAAUCAACUAUUUAGCAAUGAAAUGUGCGCAUGUCUCUCGGUGCGCAUUUAACUUUCAAGCAAACCAGAGCUGCGAGCAUCCCACGCUGAACACACUGGAUUUGCUGACACUGGACUCCCUGCUCACUUCUGGCAUCCAGUGUCAGCGGCCGGUGCUUUGAAGAUGAUCGACCAGCAGAUAUAUCUCCACUACAACUACACGGGAAGGCUGGACCAUCGGCCCACCGUUGGCACAAGCCCUGGCACUGUGGACACCAAAACCAUUGUGUUCCUCAUCAUAUGCAGCUUAAUUGUCCUGGAGAACCUCACCGUGCUGGUAGCCAUAUGGAGAAACCACAGGUUCCACAACCGCAUGUACUACUUCAUUGGCAACCUGGCGCUGUGCGACCUGCUGGCUGGAGUCACUUACCUGGUCAACUUGCUCCUGUCAGGAGAGAAGACCCUGAAGCUCUCACCUGCUCUCUGGUUUCUUAGAGAGGGAAGCAUGUUUGUGGCACUUGGUGCCUCAAUUUUCAGCCUCCUGGCUAUUGCUAUAGAGAGACAUCUGACUAUGAUCAAAAUGAGGCCUUAUGAUGCCAACAAGAACUACAGAGUUUUUCUGCUGAUUGGGACCUGCUGGCUGAUUGCUGUAUCUCUUGGAGCUUUGCCUAUCCUAGGAUGGAACUGUCUGGGCAACCUUCCUGACUGCUCCAUAGUCCUCCCUCUGUACUCCAAGAAAUAUGUAGCUUUCUGUAUCACAGUUUUCAUGGUUUUGCUCUUAGCCGUGUCAGUCCUUUAUGCCCGCAUCUACAUCCUGGUUAAAUCCAGCAGUCGAAAGGUGAGCAAGCACAGCAACUCUGAGCAUGCAAUGUCCCUGCUGCGCACGGUCAUCAUUGUAGUUGGGGUCUUCAUUACCUGCUGGACUCCCAUAUUUGUCCUGCUUCUGGUCGAUGUGGCAUGUAAGCAGCAUUGCGCCAUCCUCUACAAGGCUGAAUGGUUCAUUGCUGUGGCUGUGCUCAACUCAGCCAUGAACCCAGUCAUUUACACUCUGGCUAGUCGUGAGAUGAGACGGGCCUUCCUGGGUCUGGUGUGUGGCAUUUGCUACAGGGGGAAAGUUUCUGUAAAUGACAGUGGGAACAGGCACUCUCUAGAGCCCAGCCACAGCAGGAGCAAGUCGUGGAGCAGCCAGAACAACCCCAACCAGAGCCAGCACAGUGGCAGGCAGUCAGAGCUGGAGAAGGAGCAGGACACAGGCUGUGGUGAGGUCGCAGUGGUGGCAGGAGGGGCUGUUCAAGUUGUCCCCUAGGGACAGAAAAGACUGAACAGUGGGAGCAUGUAAUGUGCAGUAAGAAAUGUGGGUAGUCGUAAUAUGUGCGGCAGACCUGUGCAGUGGUCACAGUGAACAGAAACAAUAAUGAAAACAUAAGUUUUGACCAAUGUAAAAUGAAGGAUUCCUUGAAAGGCUUCAGGCCAUGGCUGCGGGUCAGUGAUUUCUCCUUUGUGCUUGAUAUUCAUAUAUCUGCAUCUAUUAUUUGGGAGCUCAUUAAAAUGUCCACACUUGACAUUACAAUGAUUAAUGCAUGAGACCAAGUGUGUUCAGUGAUUCAAUCAUUGACAGAAAAUGCAUUUACAUCUGUGCUAACAGAUGUAACCAUCUAACACAAAGAGAAAAUCAGCUGCAGUUAGAAGAAAAAGUGCAAUUGUAAUACUGCAAAACCAAUGUAGUAGUGAAAAAUGAUUGUAGACAAUUAGUGUAAUAACAUUUAUUCUAUGCAAUCUAUACUGUAAUUUUAUAUUUACUCUAUUACUGCAGCGUACAUAUAGUGAUACCAGGGCUCCCCCUGGUGGCUGAUAUUGAUAAUGCUCAAUGCUGAGAGUUUGGAGACGUAUGUGAACUAGAACUAGUUACCUAUAUGCAGCUCAUUAUAUGAAAGAAAAUAAAAUACAAAGGUAAAAGACAUACGCACCUGGAUCACCUCAUGUGGCCGGUAGCACAGCUUUGCAUGUUUCAUUGUUAGUGCCCUCCUCACACCUUUGAAAAAAUUACUUUACACAAAUUACAAAUAAAUAUUGCCAAUUAUUUCUAGUGAACUACAGCCAUGCAGACUUUAAUUUUCUAUGUCCAGAUUUACAAACAUCCCAGUUUUGGAGCCACUACAAUACAAUGGGUGGGAAUUGUAUUCAAUUAAAAUAGCACUUAGAAAAUUACCCCCCUUAUUUAAAUAUCCAAUAUCUAAUUUUCUUGAAAACUAUAUUUUUCUUUUACAAAAUAAAUAGGCCCUAGACCCUAUUAAAGCAUUGACCUGCCUCAGAUCAUUGUCAAUCUUGGUUGUAUUCACCUCUGUUGUAACCAUCUAUCGUGGGAAUACUUUUUUUAUUUUUUUAUUUGGAUGAACCAAAAAUUAAUAUUUU